AUGGCCUUCGCGGCCGCCAGGAUGAUCCUCAAGGACAAGCGUCGCAAGACGUCCAAGGAAGACUUCGCGCCUAGAAACCGAAGCAAGGCGCGCAACAAGCCCGCCGACGGCAGCGGCCACGUCAACCAGAAGGGCCAGGCUGGCCAGAAGGCGCCCGCGGCGGGCCAGAAGGCGGCGCAGAAGCCGGCGCAGAAGCCGCCCACGGCGCAGAAGGGCCAGGUGAAGGCGCAGCCCAAGGCGGCCAGCGUCAAGGGCGGCAAGAAGAACAAGAAGGGCCAGCGCCACCAGCAGCACGACCUCAUCGUCACCAUCAACCUGUCCGAGUACGGGCUGUCAGAGGACCAAGUGGCAGAGUUCAAAGAAGCCUUCAUGCUAUUCGACAAGGACGAGGACGGGACGAUCACCAUGGCCGAGCUGGGGGUCGUGAUGCGGUCCCUCGGCCAGCGACCGUCUGAGACCGAGCUGCGGGACAUGGUGAACGAGGUGGACCAAGACGGCAACGGCACGAUCGAGUUCAACGAGUUCUUGCAGAUGAUGUCCAAGAAGAUGAGGGGAGCCGAGAGCGGCGACGAGCUCAGGGAAGCAUUCAGGGUGUUCGACAAGAACAACGACGGCCUCAUCUCGUCCACCGAGCUGCGCCACGUGAUGACCAACCUGGGGGAGAAGCUGUCGGACGAGGAGGUGGACGACAUGAUCCGGGAGGCAGACCUGGACGGCGACGGCAUGGUCAACUACGAAGAGUUUGUCACAAUCCUCACAUCAAAAAAUUAGUCGUCGUCGUCAUCAUCAUCAUCACCCAUGACAACCAACGAGGCUCACCAACAACACAAGAUACUCGACGCCCUGUGGAAGACGUGCUAAUGAAGUCCAGUCUAGCGGCGGCGCGUCCGACGUCGAUGGAUGUCAGCUUCAGAUCCGCCUGUCAUCUCACAAAACAAAACUACGUUGACUGUGGCGACGUAGAAUGAUGUAUUAAUUGUAAUGUUUUUAAUGUUACCCCAAACGCAGCUAAAAAUCAAUGCCAACACCUACUAUAUUGUUAUAGUGAAAUAAUGAACAUAAUUAAUUAUUUCUGUAAAACACUGUUUUAUAUAUAAAAAAAUUAUGAAAAAUUCUUAUGCACGUAACUUAUAAAAAUAGGAAUCAUUAUGUAAUUCAUUAUAAUGUUGCAAAUGCAAAAAAAAAAUUGCAGUUUUCUAAUGAAAAAAUUACCAACACUAAAACAUGAGUGUUGGGAUUAAAAAAUUACAUACUUAUUUUGCACGUACAAUUUACCAUAAUGUGCAAAUAAUAUAUGUGCAAAUAGUGAACACCUUAUAUAUAUACACCUGAAUAUUUGCUGCAUAUUUUUGGGGAAUAGCUGUUGAUAGAUAGACAAUAAUAUUGUUGAUUUGUUAGAUGAAUAAAAUGUUGAAAAAUUUUUUUUUGUUACACUGAGCCAUGAGUUGAUUACAAUGCCUAUGUUGUUACAGAAAUCUAUUUGUGUUGACAAAUUCAGUUCCCUAAAAGAGUAAAUUUAAAAAUUUUAAAAUAUGGGGCACACAAAAUGAAGCUAUUUUGUGAUUGUUAUUUUUUAAACGCAACUUAUUUAUAUUGAAAAGACUAUAAAACCACAAGAAUUGUAAUCAAGUAAAUGUUAAAAAUAUUUGUGCAUAGAAAAAUGAGUAUGUGUUUUGUGAAACCCAGCAAAUCCUAGCCAAUAGAUUAAGAGAAAUGGAGAUGGCUGACGGCAAGCAUAGGGAAAUAUUUAAGAGGUAGGUGGAAUUCAUGUGAGUGUUAUAUUCAAUGUCACAUUUAAUGCUAUGUAAAUCUGUAGGUCAAGUAUACAAUUAAUGAAACAAUACAUUAAUUGAUUUUACAAGAGCUUUUGUAAGUAUUCAUUAAAUUUUUUUGAAAAGAAAUUUAUGGUGGCCGUGUAGAAUAAGCAGUAAUAGGUUUGUUAUCAGUGCAUUCUUUACAGAUAGUACAGUAGUGCCUUUUAUUUAAAGAUUUAUACAUAAACAGUUUUACAUGUUCGUUUCUUUCCGAACAUGUUUUUUUGUGAGGACCAUAGUGAAUUUUAGAGCAUUUGGUUCAUAACAGUGACUAAGAAUAAGGCUACGUUGUGCUGUAAAUUGUAGAUUGCAUGUUACAGAAACACACAUUUUGUGAGUAGCUUCUCUGUUGUUAUAUAUAUAUAUAUAUAUAUAUAUAUAUAUAUAUAUAUAAUCAUUGUUCCAUUUGCAGAGACCGUUUCUAAAUUCAUAAAAUAAAGUCAUUAAUUACCUAGUUUUGUUACAUUGUCUUUUUUUCUAUCUUUCAGAUCAGCAGCUAGUAUUACAUGUAUUUCAAUUUUUUAUUACACCUCAAAAUUUUUUUAAUUGUUAUAACUCUUUGUACAACAAAAUUUAACCUGUUUUUAAUGAUUUGAGUGAGAUUUUCAUAAGAACUUACAAAAUUUAUGUUUAAUUAAGUUUCAGAAACAAAUAUAAGGUAAUCUGUUAAGUUAUGUAACUAGGAUAAACAAUAGUUUACAAGGAAAGCUUUAGCAAAUAUUUACAUAGCAGAUAAUGAAAAUUAAUGCUAUCACGAUCAAAGUGUUGCUGAAAGCUGCGUGAAAGUGCAUGUGUGUGUUGUUGAGAUGGUUUUGAGAUAGUGCACAAGAAAUGGAAUCACAUGAGCUUUCAAAAGUGGUGCUCCAAUUCUGACUUUUAUGUACUGUAGCUAUAAAUGUACUUUUGACUUCAAGCCAUCAGAUGAUGGGUCAGCCCCAGUAUUUGUACAAUACCUCCUUAUCUAGUAUCUUCUAACCCUUUUCCUUUAAGGCUGAAUUUAAUAAUCAGCUUGUAACAGAAUCCUGCCACUCCCUCCUGAUUGUUUUUAUCUUUUAGAUGCAUAAAAGCAUAGCAUAAAAGACAGAACACCUAUUUGAAACUAGCUUCAAAAUUUUGACAGUACCUAAUGAACAUUUUAAUAACCACUAUUUUUUUUUAUUUUUACCUCCUUUAAUUUUAUUACUGCCUACAUUUUAUGCAAAUAUGAGAGAGAGAGAGAGAGAGAGAGAGAGAGAGAGAGAGAGAGAGAGAGAGAGAGAGAGAGAGAGAUAUAUAUAUAUUGCUUUACUAAGUGAAAGACCGACAUCUGGGGGUGGUUUCCAACUCCAGAGUAAAACAUUCCUGAUCGAGACACUUUGCCUCCGAUUGUCUGUCAUUCAGCAUAGAUACAGUCACACAAUGUUUACAGGCUUAGAGAAUGCAGCGAUGGCUUACCCCUUCUGUCAUACUCUUGUACUCUUUCCAACUAUCCCUUUCGUGUUUUCUCGCGUCCCUCCGAAUGUGCUGUACACAUCGGGCCAACGAACUUGUCUGUUUCACCUUUCUGGGCUGGCCUUGAAUGUGGCUGAAUUGGAUGUUACUGAGAAUAGAAAUGCCACAAAAAACUCUUGCACGCUUUCUGACGGUUUGUAAAGGCAUACAAUUAAAACUAACCUCGUAAAUAAAUAAUUUAAUAAAUAAAGUAUGUAACCUGUAGCUCAUUUCCUAGUAAAAUAUAAGAAUUUCUCUCGUUACCUUAGAAGACUCGUGAAUUAGUUCUGUUCAGCUCUCUCAAAUGUACAAAAACCAUAUAAUGACAAGAGAAAUAAAUCUAAACUUGCCACCUACAGAAUGUACUUAUAGAUAAUCACCCUAAUUCUCUACAAGUGUGUUUUAUUGGUGGUAAGUUAUGCUUUGAUUCAAGACAGUCCUUAAAUCUACAAUCUCUAAUAAAAGCUAAAAAUUCAAAGUUUAUCAUUAUAGCCUUGUGCGUAACAAUUGUUUCUCCAAAGAUUUUUUCUUCAAUCACUUUAUCACCUUUAACUCUAAUCAAAGUAAAUCACUAUCCAAUCAACAUUUUAUAAAAUAAAUUAUUUAUUUUAAAUGUUAAAACAUAUUUUACACUUAUUUUCAUGUAAAUAACAGUACCUUUAAAUAGUAUAAAACAGAGUUGUUAUCCAUGUCUGUCUGUCUGUCCACUUCUUCUAAACUACACGAUGGAUUUUGAUGCAAUUUUCACCAUCAUUUAGAGGAAUUCUUCCUGAAGGUUUAUGUGUAUAAUACAUUUAUAUUACAUUAUACAUAUUACAUAUAAUACAUUCUCAGUAUAUAAAUCUCGAUGUUUCGUAAUCAGUUCGUAAAAAAAUGCUUUUAGGGCGGUUACAUGGAUAAGCUGACUUAUACAUGAGUGAUUCAUACAAUUAAUGUGCUACAGAAUUGUAGGUCUUAAAAAGGCCUAAAGAAAAGUCCAGAAAAGCAUAUGUCUAUCUUCUAAGGAGGACUCACAAUAACAUUUUUAAAAAAUAAUGAGUUAUUUGCAAAGUUAUUUUGACCGACAGUGAACUAAUUAUUAUUCAAUUAAAUGUUAGUUACCUUAGGCAUUUAAUUUAGAACAAAACUGACUUUUACAUCAUAUCAUAUGCUACUUUUAAGUACUUACUUAUUAAAUUUAAAUAAUGCCACAUUAAUAGAUUGCAUCCGUGCAAAGCCCCCGGUUGACCUACCGAAAUUAUUUAUAAAUAAUGCUUGGGUUUAUCUGAUACGAUGAAAAUUACAACUUUAUUGUCAACACCUAUAAUUUAUAUGAAACCUUAAAAGUUGUGUUUCAUACGCAGAUCACGUUUACAUUUAUGGCCAUUAUGUCCACAGUAAUGUUCGCAGAUCACGUUUACAUUUAUGGCCAUUAUGUCCACAGUAAUGUUCACAAUUUUUUUUUAUAUUAUUUAAGUUUUCAUCAUUUUAAAAACCAGGAGUUUAAACACUUCACAAAUGGGAUGUAAGAAAAGUUACUGUAUCAAGAACAUAACAAAAUAUGAUGUUAAAAUUAACUUCCAAAACAUCACAAAAUCAUUUGAUUGCAUUUUAGUUAAUGGACAGUAAAAUCCUCUUACGUAAACUUCCUACAUAGUAAGUUUAAACAAUUUAGCACUAGACCUAUUAACAUUGUACUGUGUUAAUGAGUCUAAACUCUUUAAGUACCUACCUUGAGAAACUUCUUUACAGGGCUUUACUGUUUUACAGAAUUGUCAUUUAUGAUAUUCAAAAUACCAUUAUAUCAUUUAUGUACAUAACCAAAAUAAUACAGGAAACAUGACUAAUAUUAAAUAAUACAAAAAGUAAUUAAUUAUUGCAAACUUAAAAAAAUGGGAAUGGCUUGCUAAUGCCAAUCAAAAGAAUGCUCUCACAAAAAAUAUCCACGGAAAUAUAAGAAUGGUUAAUUUUUGUCUGCAAAUAGUCACUAUUUUCACAGUAAAAUAAUGUAUUGCACAAGUGCUUUUAAGUCCCUACAAAGACACGAGAUUAAAAAUAUUCUGAAUUUGUACAAUAUUUAUGUAAAUGGAAAAUGCUAUUCAAUUCUUCAUUUACUCACAGCACAUUACCUCGUAAUCAGUGGUACCAACAUCACCACUAUGGCAACACAUCUAUGGAAAAACGAACUAAAAGUUUGUUUCCAGCGAAGCAGUUGCCCUAACUAAGGAACAUGCUCUACCCUCUGCACAUAAACAAGUUUCAAACCUAAAAUAAACCUAGAAGGAAAAUUUUUAACUGUUUUGAUAUUGCUAUCAUGAUCUAAUACACAACUACCACUAGCGUCACUUCAAGCAGAUGUUUCCAGAUAACAUAAUUUCUGGAAUAACUGCCAAGAUGCACACAUUUCUAGAAAUUCCCAAGAGAAAUUAUCUAUUAUAAAUAUCUAUAAAUGCUAAUUAUUUUAUCCUACCCCUGUACCUCUCCCUUAAAAAUAAAGUUUUAAACUAUGUACUAUAAAGGAACUGUAAAAAGUAAUUUUUAAAGUAUUAGAAAUUAUGCAACUUAAAAUAAAACAAAAAACUUAAAAAAUAUAUUAAAAUGUACUGCUUGUAAGGUAGCAUGGAACAUGUAAAAUUUUGUGUGUAAAAAAUAAGUUUAAAAAAUUAUAAAGAAAAUAAAUGAUGCACUUAAGGUUUAGUGAGAUUGUUGAGAGAAAAAAAAAGUUUCAAAAAGACAUAAAUAUAUUCAUGCAAUAGUGUGUGAAGUAUGAAUGUUACGUGUUAAGAGUGGUGUAUUUUGUGUUAAAAAACUGUUCUAUGAAGAAAAAAAAAAUCUAGGCACAUAGUUAAUGCAAAAAUAUGACGUUGUUACUGUAUACCUGUCAGAAUUAUGUGGUACUUUGUAAAAAAAAAGUGAUACAAGAGAAAAUACAUCAUUUUUACAAAAUGGCA